AUGGUUUCCACACGUAGCAAAGAUGGAAUUAUGAACGAACCUGAGGCAGGACCAAGCAUGCCUACAACUAACAACUUGAAUUUGGCUGCUAUCUUGGAAGGGCAGGCCAAGAUGCAACAAGAGCUCUGGGAACCCUUCACGCUGGAACACUAUGCCGAGGACACAGACCCUGAUGAACACCUCAAAGUGUAUGUUACCCACGUUGCUCUAUACACAUAUGAGGAUGUUGUUUUCUACAAGGCGUUCCCUACCUCCCUAAAAGGACCAGCCUUGGAAUGGUUCACCUCUUUGCCGCCAUACUCCAUCGAUUGUUUCGACACCCUCUCCAAUCUCUUCACCACCCACUUCGCACGAAGUCGCCCUCACAAAGCCACGCCACUAUCCCUCCUCAGCGUCAAACAGAAAAAAGACGAGACGCUAAGGGCCUUCAUAGACUGCUUCGACAAAGCUGCCCUCCAAAUGGCAAACUUAACCCAAGAAAUGAUCUUGCAAUGUUUGACCCUCACACUAAAACCUGGCCCAUUCGUCGACAACAUCUAUCUUAAACCAUCGGCCUCUAUGCACGAGCUCAAGCUGUGUGCUACAAAUUACAUUCGUAUGGAGGAAAUGAAAGCCUUGCACAUCAGAUUCUGUACCGACUACAUGCCUUCAGCUCUUAAGAUCGACAAACCACCAUCACAAUUAGAUUCGAGGCCUAGAGAGCCUAAACCACCCCGAUUUUUUAGAUAUGCCCCGCUAAGCAUUCCUCGAUCUCGCCUCCUAGACGAAGCCCUACAAGCGGACCUUAUCCCUUUACCCCGCAAAACCCUCAACCCACCCAACGUCGACAUGACCAAAUACUGCAAGUAUCAUCGAAAUAAUGGCCACACUACAAAUGAGUGUAAAGCGUUAUAG